UGUAGAAAUACAUGGAAUAAAUCACUCAUAUCAGAUCAUCAUCGAUUGACGCCAACUUCACACAACAGUUUGAGCGAUUGGGCGAUUGACCUGACCGAGAUCAAGAGAGAGAACUGGUCCGCCUCCUUUUUUCCUUUUUGACGCCGUCUCCAUCUCUCUCAGUCCAUCUGGUCAUCUCAAGUGUCUCUUCCCUCGCUCCGAUUUCUCCAUGCGAUCUGCUCGCUAGCGUCAAUUGCGGGAACCAACAUUGGCGUGAUCCCCAUCCAAAGCGACCCAGCCAUUUUGCGCUGCUUGACCUUUUUCCCCCCACUGUUAUAUUUCCUUGCUGAAGUUCAAUUCCCCUGCAUCAAUAUUCGCACGAGCAACCCACCACCUCUCUAACUAUCGACCCCGCCACCCGGAUUCUGUUCCGCCCCAGUAUUAUCCUCUGCGUUGAAGGGUGGUAAUUUUCAAAGGGUCGCCGACAGGAUGAACGGCGACAGCAUUACCAAGGCGGCUAUUCAGAAAGCCAAACAAGUAGCGAGCGCUGCGAACGGCAACGGGGGCAAGAAGCGAAGGAAGGGUCAAGAUCUCAAGCCCAUCGUCACCACCGAGAAUCAACAAUCACAAGGUGUCAGUCCGCAGAGCGCCGUCGGUAUGAAUAACUACAGCAGCUCGCAGGGCGUGAACACCCCUCUGGCACCACCGCGACCAACAUACACGACUCAGAUCAGUCGCUCGCCCUCAAUGUCAUCAGAAUCCGACGACCCCGCCGCCGAGAACACUGCCGAUGAGGAAGACUCGGAGGAUUACUGCAAGGGAGGUUAUCACCCUUGCUCUGUCGGAGAGUCAUUCAAGAACGGCCGUUACACUGUUACGCGCAAACUGGGAUGGGGCCAUUUCUCUACCGUCUGGCUUUCACGGGACAACGAAACGGGAAAACAUGUCGCUUUGAAGAUUGUCCGGUCGGCCGCUCACUACACUGAAACUGCCAUCGAUGAGAUCAAGCUUCUAAAUAAGAUUGUCCACGCGAAACCCGAACAUCCCGGUCGCAAGCACGUCGUCAGUUUACUGGACUCUUUCGAACACAAAGGUCCCAAUGGCGUUCACGUCUGCAUGGUGUUUGAGGUCCUCGGUGAAAACUUGUUGGGCCUCAUCAAGCGGUGGAAUCACCGUGGCAUUCCGAUGCCGCUCGUGAAGCAAAUCACCAAGCAGGUGCUCCUCGGUCUUGACUACCUUCAUCGAGAGUGUGGUAUCAUUCACACAGAUCUCAAGCCUGAAAACGUACUCAUUGAGAUUGGUGACGUGGAGCAAAUCGUCAAGACAUUUGUCAAGGAAGACUCGAAGAAGGAUGGCAAGGACGACAAUCGCAAUGGCCGACGGCGGAGGCGUACACUCAUCACAGGCAGCCAGCCGCUGCCUAGUCCACUUAAUGCAAGCUUUAGCAGUAACGACUUACGAUUUCCCGGCAGCACACAGGGCUCCACGAGCAGCCUUAAUAAAAUAAUGAAGGAGAGUCAAGGCUCUUCUUCCAACCUUUCAAUGCGAGAAAAGCUAGGCAUCAGUUCCGCCGACGACGCGACACAAAGCGAGAGAGAAAAGACAGAGGAUAUCUUGACGCAAGACAUUUCUGGCAUCUCACUCGAUAAGAAGGCAGCAUCGGAACAGAGCUCGCAGCAGGAUCUUGAACACGCGAUAGAUACCAUUUCCGUAAAGAUUGCAGAUCUAGGCAAUGCCUGUUGGGUUGGACACCAUUUUACAAAUGAUAUUCAGACCCGACAAUACCGCUCUCCUGAAGUCAUCUUAGGCUCCAAAUGGGGCGCAAGCACAGAUGUUUGGAGUAUGGCAGCAAUGGUCUUCGAGCUCAUCACAGGAGACUACCUCUUCGACCCUCAGUCAGGCACCAAAUACGGUAAAGAUGACGAUCACAUUGCUCAAAUCAUUGAGCUCCUGGGCCCCUUCCCCAAGUCACUCUGUCUCUCCGGCCGGUGGUCACAAGAAAUCUUCAAUCGCAAAGGCGAAUUGCGGAACAUCCAUCGACUACGGCACUGGGCUCUCCCUGACGUCCUGCAUGAAAAAUACCACUUUAGCAUCGACGAAUCGAAACGUAUCUCGGACUUCCUCAUCCCCAUGCUUGAGCUUGUACCAGAGAAGCGCGCCAACGCAGGCGGUAUGAGCGGCCACGACUUCCUGCGCGAAACAAAGGGUAUGGACGGAAUCAGUCUGCCUAUAGCUGUAGGCAGUCGUGGUGAAGGGAUUGAAGGGUGGUCUACCGAAAUCAAGAGAAGGUAGUGUAAACCGGCAUCCAUUAGCGUUCGGUUCGCACUCUCUUUUUUUUUACGAUACAUGACUGAAAGGAAAUCCUACACUCGGACGCUGGGCUGCGUGAUGCCAACGACAAGGGUAGAGAACAAGGCCAGUCAACAUAGGGGAAUACCUGUUGUGAAAUCCGCGCAGUACAGUUCGAGCCAUUGGCGCUGAAG